AUGGCGGCGGCCGCCGCAGCCGGCGGGCAGGCAAUAGAAAAACAGCUGAAGAUUUGUGGCUAUAAGAGCAAUGUGGAUGUCGUAGCACUGUAUCUGGCUAGACAAGGACUAAAAAGUAUCCCAAGUCUAUCACAGUUUCACAGAUUAAGGUAUUUGUGGAUUAACAACAAUAAGAUCCAGGAUUUAACCUUCUUGAUCAAAAACUAUUACUUGACUGAACUCUAUCUCAACAAUAACGAGCUGACAGAUAUAUCAGGUGCUCUGAAACACCUAUGUUCAUUACAGAUUCUGUUUCUUCAUAACAACGAGCUAAAAAAACUUGGCAAAACAGUGAAGGAAUUGAAAGGAAUGAUAAGCUUGCAGACUCUAAACCUAUUCCAAAACCCUCUGGCAUAUGAUCCAGACUACCGGCUUUAUGUGAUAUACUUCCUUCCUUCAGUUCAGCUCCUUGACAGGAAGUUAGUUACACAAAAAGAAAGGGAGUCAGCACUUCAUCUCUAUAACCCCAAAAGGGCUUGGGUCAUGCAGUCAAUAGCUUUUGGGAAGAGAGCAGACAGAUCCUUGGGGACUGAAGUGGGAUCUGGCAGAUGCACUCAACCAGCCACAAGACCGAUAAUGCCCUCAGGUCAUGAAUUUGGAAAUAACACUAAUAAAGUACCAUUUGAGGACCCUGAAGAUGCAGUUUUAGUACGGGCAACCGCAAGAUCUCUAAUGGAAUUUUCCUCUGUGGACUGGAACAAAGUAGCCACCUGUCAAGAAAGACGGCUUCAAAACAAAGCAGGAGAGCCCUUUGAGAAGCUGACAGUCCAGUUUAGAUGAAAAAACUCCUAUUUCUCUCUCUAAUGUUAACUCCAUAAGUAGGUUAACAGCUCAAUAAAAACAUUAAGUGAAUUUCCAGAAAAAACAUGUUAGUGUAACGUUUCUUUCACCAUAUGUUGUAUAGAGAGUGAAGGAGUUAAGAUAACAAAUGAUAAAUAGUGGCAAUGUUAGAAUAAAAGUUGCUUGAAAUGGAACCCUUACCAUAAUUUUGUUAUCCGAAAGUACUAAACUGCACACUAAUUUUUAGGAAACUAAGGAUAAAUACUUUUAUUUCUUAUAAUACACUUCCUCACAUAUUUCUCCUUCCAUUCUGUCAAGGCUUAAAGUCAAUGCUGCUUUCUAAAUAUUUCAAAGCCCUUUCAGGUUGUAGCUUGUCUGCUGAGUUCCUUCCUUCUCUCCUAAGUUAGCACAGAGCCACAGGAUGGUCUCUGUUGGCAGGGAUCUCUGGAGCUUAUCUAGUCCAACCUUCCUGUUGGAAGCAGGGUGGAGAUGAGGUUGUCUGGUGGCCUGUCAGGGAAUCACAGAUUUCCAAUGAGCAAGGCACCACCACUGGGAGAAUGAAAGCAGGAUUGGUGCUGGGUAUUUUAGCACACUUCCAAAACCCUGACUCUUUUGCCCUGAAGGGAUGGCAUUUUCAGAGAAUCCCUGAAGAGCAGCACACCCCUGUGAGCGGAACCGGGAGGCAGCAGCACUUCUGCAUUCCCAGACCUCAGAGUGGAGGGUGACUACAGC